AUGGCGUCCCUCAGGAUUGACGUACCCCGGCGACUCCGGCGCGCCAUCCUCCUCAACGACCUCGCCCUCGUCCAACGCAUCAUCCGCAACAACCACAAGUACCUGCGCAACCCGGACUUUGACGACCGCUCCAACACGUCCCUGCACCUCGCGGCUAAACAUGGCUUCACGACCAUUGCCGAGUUCCUCGUCGACGCCGGCCAUGAAGACGGCAUGAUCAGCAGGAACAACGAUUGGGAAACCCCCCUCAUGCUUGCGGCUUCGGCGGGCAAGGAGGAGUGCGGCGUUUACCUCGCUAAACGCUUUCCUGAGGCUGUGGACUGGAAGAAUAAAUCUGGGCUCGAUGCUCUCAUGCUGGCGUGUCAGUCGGGCGCGGGGACGCUGCAUCUCAUUCCCACGUUGAUACUCCACGGACCGAAUCUACUCUCCGCGAGCGAUCUACAAGGCAAUACAGCGCUACACCAUGCGUCUGCGGCGGGUGAAUUGAAGGCCCUGAGGAUGUUACUGCAGUACGGCGCGAAUCCGCUGGCGAGCAAUAGUUACAGUUGGACACCGGUUCAUUACUCCGCUACCAGCGCCGCAGAAGCGUAUUUCAAAACCCUCAUCAUCGAGUUUGAGAAGAAGAAGGCGGAGGGGAAACGGGCGGUUAAAGAGAGGGAACGCCAACGUACCGCGGGUGUCAGGCUGGUUACUGAUACCGAGGGGCUGGGCAGUCCGGGUGGCGUGGUUAUGCAGGGGAGUGCUGCGACGGCGGCGGGUGGUGGUGGUGGUGGAGGCGGUGGAGUGGAAAGACAGAGUUUGGAGAGACAGAGUAUGGAUAGACAGCGCGCGAGGGAUGAUGCGGCCAUUGCGGGACUCCCGGCACCGGGCGUGAUGGAUUGGAGUCCGGUGGAGAGGAGGAGGGCUAUGACGCCUACGGAGGGGAGGGGUUGGACGUUCACGCCGGAUGGGUUUAGGCCGAGGGCGGAGACGGGGGAGAGUAUUUAG